GGGGGUGGGCGGAGCGCGGAAGAUGGGCGUGACCUUUGGUCUCGCUCCGCCUCCAGCCCCGCCCUCCAGCCCAUCCCAAGAUGGCGGAGAUCCCUCUGUACUUUGUGGACUUGCAGGAUGACUUACAUGACUAUGUAUUUGAAGAUUGUGGUCCAGACUGUGACAACGGGAGGGUCACGGCUUUCUUGGACAUCCCUGGCCACGAUAACCUGCCUCUGCUCACUCGCUUGGAAAAGCACGCAUUCAGCGAGAAUAUCUUCAGCCGCCAGAUUGUUGCCAGAGGACUACUGGAUAUCUUCCAGGACGUCAGCCACAGUGAUGAGGACGUAUUGGCAGUCAUGGAGGUGAUGGUCCGUCUGUCAGAAGAUGCAGAGCCCACAGUGCGGACUGAGCUGAUGGAGCAAAUUCCUCCCAUCGUCGCUUUCUUACAAGAAAGCAGGUUGGAUUUUCCUGUGCUAGUCUCUCAGUACUUCGUACCUGUUAUCGUGCGGUACCUUGCGGAUCCAGACAAGCAGGUCAGAAAAUCCAGCCAGGAAGUGCUGCUGGCUCUUCAGGAGCAAGAUCUAAUUUCCCAGGGUGAUGUCGAAGGCAAGGUGUGUCCCUUUCUGCUGGAGCGCUCUGCCCCUGCCUGUGAUGACGAGUGCAGAGCAGAGGCCAUGAGCAUAAUCUGCAGAAUGGCGUCCAUGCUGACUAAGAGCACAGUUAAGCACCUGCUGCUGCCUCGAUUCUGUGAACUGUGUAGUGACGGGAAAUUCUUCCAAGUUCGGAAGGUUUGUGCCACGCAUUUUGGUGAUAUUUGUCAUGCUGUUGGACAAGAAGCCACUGAGAAAUUUUUGAUACCAACGUUUUUUGAGCUAUGCUCCGAUAACAUGUGGGGGAUGCGGAAAGCAUGCGCUGAAUGCUUUAUGGCCGUGUCCUACAACACCUCCCCUGAGGUCCGCAGGUCCCAGCUCUCGCCUCUCUUCAUCAAACUCAUCAGUGAUCCCUGUCGAUGGGUGCGCCAAGCUGCCUUCCAGUCACUUGGGCCCUUUAUCUCCACGUUUGCACGUCCAUCCCAGGCUGGCCUAUGUGUUCAGGAGGAUGGCGCCCUGAGCAUCAGGCCACCGAGCCAAGAGGUGGAGUCUGCCUUUGCCUCGGGGAGGCCCAGCAUUUGCAGUACCACCUCCUCAGCAGGUUCUAAAACACCUGUGCACAUGGAGCCAGGUCUCCUUCCAGAAGGGACCUCAGCAGAGACCAGUCAUCUGCAUGGCAGCACUUCUUCUGCAGACACAAGAGAAAACCAGCCAGGGAGCCUGUCCUCCACCAGAGCUGAAAUGACUGCAAUUUCCCCAGAGUUCCCAGGUGUCAGUGGCUGCCUCAGCAACAGUUGCCCUGAAGCAGGUCCAGGGACUUCCGAGGAUAUGUUCAGCACUUUCCUGUAUUGGCGAACUCCUCUGCCUGACAUAAGCAAAGAUGUGGAGGUACUUCUGAGUGGGGCUGGGCCACUGGAAGACAGCCACAGUGGACCUGAGGCUGCGUGUGACAGCUGUGUGGCCAGGAGCGAGAUCCAGAAAGUCCUGCAGUGUCUGCAGGAGCAUCUGCUGCAGGACCCAGACAUUCAAGCUCAAGUUCAGGUAUUAUCUGCUGCACUGAGAGCAACACAGCUCGACUCCACUAGUGACCCCGAGAGCAAGCAGACAGAAGGUCUAAAUGAAGGGUCUGUCUCAGAUCCCAGCCCUGUCUGUGACAAUCACCUCCUCCUGUCGGCUUCAUCAUCUCAGAAUGAGCUCUCCGCAGCCAGGAUAUUACAGAGCACAGAUCAAAUGGAGCCUCAGAAUAGAACCAGUGUGCAUCUGGAGACGGAGCAGGGGCAAGAACCUACCGCACUUGAGGAGAAGAAAGCUAAAGUGCAGGAUAUAAUCCCUCAGCCUCUGCUUGACCAGUUCGUGUCCAUGACUGACCCAGCUAGAGCCCAGACUGUGGACACUGACAUCGCCAAACAUUGUGCCUACAGCCUCCCUGGGGUGGCCCUGACCCUCGGCCGGCAGAACUGGCACUGCUUGAAGGACACCUAUGAAACUCUGGCUUCCGAUGGUCAGUGGAAGGUCCGGCGGACCCUCGCCUUUUCCAUUCAUGAGCUGGCAGUGAUUCUCGGGGAUCGGUUGACGGCAGCUGACCUGGUGCCUGUCUUCAAUGGCUUUUUAAAGGAUAUGGAUGAAGUGUGUGUGGGAGUCCUCAAACAUCUGUAUGAUUUCCUAAAGCUGCUCCAUGAGGACAAGAGAAGAGAGCACCUCCGGCAGCUGCAGGAGCUUGUGGUGACUGACAGCAGCAGAGACUGGAGGGUUCGAUAUGAACUAGCAGAGCAACUGAUCCUGAUCUUGGAUCUCUAUGGUCCCAGCGACAUUCACGGUUACCUGAGGCACGUUGCCCUGAAGUUGUGUGCAGACAAAGUUUCUCAAGUGCGCUGGAUUUCCUUCAAACUAGUGGGGGCCAUGCUACACAAGUUCUACUCCCAUGGUGCAUCUGCUCUGGGGCUCGGCUUCAUCCAGGAGCUCAUCUCGAGGUUCCGGCACUGCCCUAAGUGGGUUGGAAGACAGGCUUUUGCUUGCAUCUGUCAGGCUGUGGUGAGUGAAGAGUCUGUCCCUGUGGACCAGUUUGUGGAUCACCUCCUUCCCAGCCUCCUGAGCCUGGCGUCUGAUCCUGUGCCAAAUGUGAGGGUUCUGCUGGCCAAGGCCCUGCGCCAGACACUGAUGGAGAAGGCAUAUUUUAGAAAUGCCGGGAACCAUCAUCUUGAAAUUGUUGAAGAGACCCUCCUGGCUUUGCAGUCUGACCCGGACCAAGAUGUUUCAUUUUUUGCUUCCUUCGAACCAAAGAUGCAGAAUGCUAUAGACAACACUAUACUGGAAAACUAGAACUCGCAUCCUGUGAUGGGUACACAGAGAUGGCUUCAGUGCACACAUGCCUGUAACAUGUUGUAUCCAGUUGUAUCAUAGAUUCUGGAAGAGGCUUAUUUCUGGUGACGGGGCAGUCCUAUGCUUCUCACCCCUGUAGACCUGAUCCUUGGCAGUUUAGAAAGGUUGUAGAUCCAGGCACCGAUAACUUUCUGGCUCUUCCACACCAUCAGCUGUGGCCAGCAUUUGGUUUUUUAGGAGAGACUGUGUUACUUAAAAUCUCCUGAGAGCCUGGUAUAAUUGUUCACAUCUGUAACCCCAGCACCUAGGAGGCUGGGACAGGGAGAUCAAGAGUUCAAGGUCAAUCUAGAGAAUUCCAAGUCUGUCUGAGCUACAUAACAAAACCCUGUCCAAGGAAACGAAACAUAAUACAGCUCCCCUCGCCAAUAAAGCAAUUUAGUAGAUGCUUGUACGUCUUCUCUGGGCUUGCUGCCCUAAUCCUUUCUGAGAAAAUGGAGUUUAUGGCACUGUAUUUUAUCUCCAACUGAAAUACUUACUGUACAUAUGUAAAUAACUUGACAGGAAGAAAAUAUAUGACUGUAACACUAGCCUCCCCAGUGAACAAACAUGUCAAGUGAAGUCAUGUCCUGUUCUGGAGCUGCUGCAUGGGCAGCUGUUUGGAUGACCUUUGUAUUGUGUCCUAGUAAAGAAUGGUUCUGCCUCUACUGUGGGGCUCCUCUCAGGCGCUGUACUUCUGUUGUAAACUGCUGUACUCAGAGUCUUUCCUCCAGCCUUUACCCUUUCCCUCUUCAAGAGACUGUGAAAAUGUGUGUUGGUCUUUGAGAGCAGAGAGUCAGUCACAGGUUGUUUUUUAAAAGGACUCAAGUCAAGUUGCUGAGAUGCAUGGAUGUUGACUUACACUUCAGACUCAAAAAACAAAAGAAAGAGAAAGAAAGAAAGAAAAGAAAAGAAAAGUCAUAAUUUUGACCAGAACUUUCUACAGGCACCAUUGGUUUGGGGAGUUAAGUUAUAUACUCUUUACAUUGGCUUAAGUACAUAGAGCUUAGAUUUCCUACUUUGGAAUCUCAGAUGAACGGAAAGAUGCUAUAUAGUUUAAGUAGGUUUCCAUUCAUCACUAAUUUUGUAUUCUGUAGAUAUUAGGUUAUGGUUCUGUGUCUGUGUCUAUCCCAGCUUUGUGGUUCUUAUCUUAACAAAGGUGGGGAGCAGCCCAUGGGGCUGGAGCAACUGUAAAGUCAUAUGUUGAAUUUCCUGGUAUACAGGAUACCCCUGAAGGGACCCAAAUACUAUUGAUCUUGUUAUUUAAAAAGAAAGGAAGGGUCUGCACUGUGCCAAAGAGAAUGGGAAACAUGUAAAGAACUCCAGUAGCAAGCACAGGCCACAUUUGGACUGCUUUAGCACAGAGUUAAUUUCUUCAAAUUAGAGGCAAAAGAUUAAAAAAAGAAACAAAAACAGUCUACUUUGUGUUUACUAUGUGCCUACAGUAAAUAUAACGUACUUCA